AACAGCUGCGUUUACUCAUGUCCUUCUUAUACCAUCAGUCUGCAGACAAACUGCAAACAUUAUACUUGUUUUUUAUCACAAAAACAAUAAUAAAGCAAAGGAAUAAAAUUUAAAAGUUUUAUAAUUAGUGGGUCGUUUGAAGUGGGUUGGAAAAGUGUGUUUCUAGGUAAAACGUGGGUGUGGUAUAUGGGAGCAAGAGUUAUAAUGUAAAUCUGACCACUCAUGGAAAGUGUAAAGAAAUGGUUAGCGGAACGUUCAACUAAGAAGAAUGGCCUGUAUGUUCACUACAGCCCGCCAAAAUUGAUAGGUGUUGCAUCGGAGGCGCAGCUGCGUCAGUGGGCUCGCGGGGGCUCCGAGGGCAGGCUGGAGCGAGCAGUGCUGGCGGGGCAAGGUCGCCGCCUGCUGGCCGUGGCGGAGGCCCUGCCUCUGUCGCACCACCUGCCCACCCUGGUGGCGAAAUGCGACGCGCUGCACGCCGCCGUCGAGAGGGGGUCGUUGGCCGAGCUCCAGGAGUUGCUGGACUCGGACUACAACCGGCGCAAGUACAUCAUGUGCCGUGAUGAAGCGGGCGUGGGUUUGCUGCAUAAGGCUGUGUUCUACGACUUUAUGGACAUCGCCAAGUGGCUCGUAGCUGAGUGUCCAGAGCUGGUGCAUCAGAAGGAUUCUGAAGGAAGGACGCCACUGCACUACGCAGCAGUAUGUCGCGACGAGCCGACCGCGGCUGCGCUGUUAGAAGGCGCGGGGGCGUCGCGGGGCGCCCGGGACGCGUCCGGCCGGACGCCGGCACACUACCGCGGCGCCGCGCGCACUCAACUCGCGCUGCCGCUACCGACGGACAUGUCGCGCGAAACGACGAGGAACCCACCUGGUCUGGUGAUCAAACGGCAUAACAUACGAAUAUGGUGCCACGACUGCGACAUGGCGAAGCUGCAGCGGGUCGUGUGGGAGGGCCACGGCUCGCGGCUGCUCAGCGAGGUCUCCAGCCAGCCUGUGGUCAAGAAGUUCUUGGAGGCCGUGCCUUAUAUCAUGAACACAAUCCGCGACAUCCACAGCGCGGUGAUCCAGAACGAUCUGGAAGGUCUGAUGAAGCACUCGGGCGAUCCAGUGCCGCCGCAGGCGCUGUCCAGCAGAGAUGGUAACAACAUGACCGUCAUGCACAAGGCCGCGGGACUGGGUCACGGAGGCAUCCUCAAGUAUAUAGCAGAAAGGUACCCCCAAGGCAUAAAUGACGUGGAUAACGACGGACGCACCCCCUUGCACUACGCAGCUGCGGUCAAAGAUGAACAACACACGUACAACACUCUCGUGGGCUACGGUGCUGAUGAGGGCAUCGUUGAUAACAAAAAUAAAACACCAGGCUAUUACAUAAACAGACCCCAAGAAAUCGACAAAAACCUAUUCAAAGCUCUACCAGAUGCACCCCGAACUGCGUCGAGUGCUUACCCUAAUUCUUGGGAUUGGAAACUGCUGGAUACAGAAGUGAUAGCUGAAUUACACAAAAAAUCCAGAAAGAGAAAUUUAAAGGCAUCUACAGAAAAUAUAUCAUCAAAGAAUCUUUCUAAUACCAUAUCAGAAAGCACGGACAACCAUGUAGGUGGCAUGAAAAAUAGUAGCACGCGGGAUCUGAUUAAAGACCUGCCAGAUUUAGAUGACACAAGUAAACCAAAUGUAGGGGAUGUACACAUCCCAAUGAUAGAAUGUAACCGGAGUCUCACAGCUAAUUUAAGUGUGUAG